AACCCAGCCCCACUUUGGGGUUUUCGAGAUUAAAGCAGAUCGUCCAAUUCCAAGAAUACUACUGUUAUGCAACCAGUCGUACCCCCGUAAACGGCACACGCAGCCCACGUUGCCAGCUUUGCAAUAAAUCCAGUUUUCUUGCAUCUAACAUCUGCUGUACUAAUUAUGUAGCAAUUUAAAGAAAGUUUUUGAUGAGUCUUUCACCAUUUGAGACUGCUGGUCAAGGACAGUGCGGUCAGCGGCGAUUGAUCAACGAAAAGGAAAGUUCAGUUUUUGAGCAAAGUCCUCGAUUCCGGGUCGAAAAGCGCAAGUUUUGUCCAAAAACUAAUUACUCGGCUAAUGUUACAUCAAGCCAUGUAAACCACCGGGUCAUUAAGUAACGCCGGGCAUAAUUAUUCAGUUUCUCGACGACAUUGAAGAAAAUGAAAGUGAAAUUAUAGUCGCCCAGUGCGCGUGCAGGUCGCUCGAUGUUUGUUCUUGAACAUUAAACCCACGCCGCAAUUGUUUAAAGACAUUUUCCUCAGGUGUGCCCAGUAGGCAAUGAAAAUGAAAGUCGCGUUAAUCAGCCUUUUAUGGGCGCUGCUCAACUCCCAAGCCCUUCAGGGCUUCAUUAUCCCUGACGAGUUGCCUUCAAUACUAUCAGUGAUCUACUCCAACAUCCCCACUUUGAAGAAAGGAACCGACUCGCGCUUUGGAUGGGGCUUCCGGCUGGGCGACAGGGCGGACUUUCAAGUUCUGACUGAACUGGGACCCCAAACGUACACCCAGCCUUUGGCCAAUCAGGGCGAUAGCGGUGCGAGCAAGAGAAACACCCUGGAUACUCUGAGCAACACCCUGUACGCCAAAAGGCAGCAGGAGAAGAAAGAGCGGAAGCAGAAGCAGAAGGGAAAGACUACCGCUCCAAAGCCUGCAGGAGAGCAGUGGCUCCAGGAGUGGAGCCGCGAAAUGACCAAUAAGGAGAAGCAGGAGGAUUCUGCACUCCUCAAGCCCAAACCUGGCAUUGCCCUGGGGGAAAUUGACGCCAAAUCGGUGAUUCCGGCCGAGGUGGAAGACCUGGCGCGAGAAGAGCGCAAGAAAGGGCGUUAAAGUCAAACCGACCGAAAGCAGCGUCGCAUCCGAAGAGCAUCUGGAUGACAUUAACUAGAUCUAGGCUAAACAUUAUGUUGUUAUUUUCACCCGAAAAAUAUAGGAAUAUUUUUACACGA